CCCUGUUUACUAUUAUUAAGAUUUUUACAACAUUGUGGCCCUUUAUGGCGCAUUAAUUAGAUUACAUGUAUUAUUAUUUUAAUUUUAUUUUUUUAAGCUUGAUGUUUACUGGGACAUAACAUACAUAAUAGAAAACACAAAAAAAAAGUAAAAAAUGACUAGUUACAUACAAAUAUACUUGUAUUGUCUGUUGCUGCUGACUUCUGACUUGUGGCUUGUGGCUCAUAUUUACACUUGUCUCAAUCUAAAUUAGUUUCCUCAUCGAAGUGAGAGCUUUUCAACUCAACGUUCUCUUUUGUAUAUGUUUGAGAAUUGCAAAAAAAAAAAAUAAAAAAUGUUGAGAAUUAAAAAAUUUCUAUUCAACUACACUACACGUACUUACACUGAGUCUUUGUGUGACUUAACUACCUUUUGCCUGCUUUAGCUGUGUGUGUGUGUGAGUGUUCAUGCAUGUGAAGAGUAUAUGAAAAAGUGUGCGUGCUGGCCCGAGCCAGUGCUAAAGCCGGAGCACAGCCAGCGUACGAACAGCCAGACAGUGGUAUGAGAACAAGUCUAAAUUGAAUAGACUUCUCAGUAUCAUGGCGGCGUUUAAAGCCUUCGUAUUAUAAUAAAAUUUUCGUUGUUGAAGCGUUCAACGGUUCGGUGCUGCGCUUGAGGUAAACAGCCAACAGUUUUGUGAUUUUUAUGCCAAAAAUUUAUAAAUAUACAUACUUAUCUACAUAUAAGUAAAUACGAGCAUUAAAAAUGUUCCAACAAGUUUUGUCUGCAAAACUGAAAUAAAACGAAACAACAACCACAAAACAAAACAAAAAAAGAAACAAGUGCAUAGUGCCAGGCUUCACUUAUGCCAAUAUGUGCAAAGUUGAACUGGGGCGAGAGGUAUACGUUAAAGUUGUCAUAUAUAAUAUAAAACAAGUUAUGGGCCAAUUAUCCAGCCAUCACGACAAAAGAAACAAUGAGAAUCGCUUGUCGACCGCUACACACUUCAGCAAUCGCAGUCACUCCAUACGUAAGUCGAAGGUGCACAACAACAGCCAUUCCACCUUGGAACCGCCAACGGUCACAUGUGAGGAAUCAUCCCUGCUGCGCGUUGGCAAUCCACGCCUCAAAGGUCUCGCCAAUGGCCGGCCAGUUACGAUCAGUGAGAUUGGCAAGCGCAUAGAUUUAAAUACCAGUGAUAUAUUCAGUAGUAAAGACAAAGACGCGAGUAGCAUUGGUGGUGUUGGCGGUAUUGGUGGCAUUGGCAGCGGUGACGAUGCCGAUGACACUUGGUCCAACAGCAACUUGUUAACGACGACAACGCCAGCAAUCGCUACACCGCCGUCUGCAACAACACCAAUACCGUCAACGGAAAAUGUAACGGCUAGCGCUACGGUCACGGAUGGCAGCAGCGCGUCUAAGAACAAGACGUCCGGCCAUUUAACCAUUGGCGAUAGAUAUCACAAAACAAACAAUUGUUAUUAUCGCAGUCCAAAUGGAAAUUUCCAUAAAUUACCGUCCGAUUCUUACCACAAAAUGACGGACGGCUGUUAUGUACGCGCCGCCGAUGGCACAUUUCGACGCAUUGAGCCGCCAUGCAGUAGCCUCACCAAUGGCGGUUCGAGUGGCGGCAAAUUACAUCAGCGCGGCGGUAGUUCGACGCGUAUAAAAAAUCAUAUGUUACGUUUUUUGAAACGUUCCAAAAGUCAUACGCCCGCUACAUUGAAGGAAUUGGACAAGGAACGAGGGAAGGAUAAAGAAGUGAAAUCGAAUCGUGGACGCAAAUCGCGUUUUCCAUCAACAAUACAAGAGAAUAACCCCACCACACUACCGGGUGGUGGUAAAACACCUAGUGGCAGCAAUAUAACGGCCGGUAGUCGUAACAAUAAAGUUGUUGUAACCAUGAUGGAAGGUGGCGGUUUGCCAAUAAUAGCUACCAGUAAAGCGGAACGUUCCAAAAAUAAAGAUUCUACAUCGUCGAACACGGCUGAUGGAACGCGCAGUGGGCGUUCAAGGGGCUCUCCUAAUAUGCAGCUACGCACUAGUGCACCAAUGCGUUGGCGUGCCACAGAGGAACAUAUUGGAAAGUAUAAGCUGAUAAAAACAAUCGGUAAAGGCAAUUUCGCUAAAGUAAAAUUAGCCAAACACUUGCCAACUGGUAAAGAAGUUGCUAUCAAGAUAAUUGACAAAACCCAAUUGAAUCCGGGAUCUCUACAGAAACUCUUUAGAGAAGUUAGAAUUAUGAAGAUGCUCGAUCAUCCAAACAUCGUGAAACUUUUCCAAGUUAUCGAAACCGAAAAGACAUUAUAUCUGGUUAUGGAGUAUGCGUCCGGCGGUGAAGUAUUCGAUUAUCUUGUUUUGCAUGGUCGAAUGAAGGAGAAGGAGGCGCGUGUAAAAUUCAGGCAAAUCGUGUCAGCUGUACAGUAUUGUCAUCAAAAGCGAAUUAUACACAGGGAUUUGAAAGCGGAGAAUCUGUUGUUAGACAGCGAAUUAAAUAUAAAGAUAGCAGAUUUUGGAUUUUCAAAUGAGUUCACGCCCGGCUCUAAAUUGGAUACAUUUUGUGGCAGUCCACCAUAUGCUGCACCUGAAUUAUUUCAGGGAAAGAAAUAUGAUGGUCCUGAGGUGGACGUUUGGUCUUUGGGCGUAAUUUUAUACACAUUAGUUAGUGGUUCAUUGCCAUUUGAUGGUUCUACAUUAAGAGAACUACGCGAACGUGUACUCAGAGGCAAAUAUAGGAUUCCUUUCUAUAUGUCAACUGACUGUGAAAAUUUACUUCGUAAAUUCCUUGUAUUGAAUCCAGCCAAACGCGCCAGUCUGGAAACUAUAAUGAGUGAUAAAUGGAUGAAUAUGGGGUUUGAAGAUGACGAAUUGAAACCUUAUAUCGAACCAAAACAAGAUCUAGCUGAUCCCAAACGGAUAGGUAAGACGGAGGCUCUAGUGGCAAUGGGUUACAACAGACAGGAUAUUGAAGUUUCACUGUCCCAGGUGCGAUAUGAUGAUGUCUUCGCUACUUAUCUGUUAUUGGGCAGAAAAAGCACAGAUCCUGAAAGUGAUGGCUCACGUUCUGGUUCGUCAUUAUCGUUGCGUAAUAUGGGUGGAAACGAUACGGGCGCUAAUACGAAUGCGUCCGCACAGAGUCCCACACAUCGUGGCGUACACCGGAGUAUUUCCGCUUCAAAUACAAAACCAAGUCGACGUGCUUCAUCUGGCGCUGAAACACUACGUGUUGGCCCAGCUAAUGCGGCAACAAAUGCUGUAGCUACAGCUGCUCCUGGUGCUAUAAAUGCGGCGCCGUCCAACAACAAUUACGGUGGAACUGGCUCCGGUUCAUCCGCUGAGCGCUCUUCAAUUAGUAGCAACUUUAAACGCCAAAACACAAUUGAUUCGGCCACAAUAAAGGAAAAUACUGCGCGGCUGGCAGUACAAAAUCACAGACCCACAUCAGCUACUCAAAAGCUUUUAACAACCGCGGAUACAACACUCAACAGCCCCGCGAAGCCGCGCACUUCAACAAAAUACGACACAUCAAAUACUAAUCGCACUACUGUUGGCACCAGCGGCAUGAUACCACGUCGUUCCACCACAUUAUAUGAAAAGACUUCAUCAACUGAAAAAACUAAUGCAUUGCCAGCGGAAACAAAAAUGACGUCGGCUGUUAAGUCUAGCAGGCAUUUCCCCAGGAAUGUGCCAUUACGAUCAACCUUUCAUUCUGGUCAAACAAGGACUAGAAACAAUGCUGCAUUGGAGUACUCCGGAACGAGUGGUGCCUCGGGCGACUCACCACAUCCAGGCAGAAUGAGUUUUUUCUCGAAACUGUCAUCCCGAUUCAGUAAACGUGCUUCAACCACUGAAGAAUCAGCGAAGCCGCGCGUUUUGCGCUUUACAUGGUCUAUGAAAACCACGUCGCCGCUGAUGCCCGAUCAGAUAAUGCAGAAAAUACGAGAAGUGCUCGAUCAAAACAACUGUGACUACGAACAACGCGAAAGGUUUGUGCUCUGGUGUGUACAUGGCGAUCCCAACACCGAUUCAUUGGUACAGUGGGAAAUUGAAGUAUGCAAGUUGCCACGAUUAUCGCUCAAUGGCGUGCGUUUCAAGCGGAUUUCAGGCACCAGCAUAGGAUUUAAAAAUAUUGCAUCGCGCAUAGCAUUUGACUUACGACUGUGACUCCACCAAACCAACACCGACGCGGCUGCCUUUGGUACUGAUACAACAACAACUACCACACCUACACGCUGUUAUCAACAUACAAAAACAUUGACCAACAACCAUACCACAAAUAUGAAAACAUUUAACCUAGACAUCACCAGCAACAUCAUAAAUGAAACGCUUGCAAAAAAUAAUGCAAAACCCGAAUGUAGCAAAAAUUGUGCAAACAACAUUUUUGGCAAAAAGAAAUACAAUUAUUUGGAUGAUAAUAAACAAGAAACGCUAACAUUACCACCAGCUUCACCAACUGCUUCGAAUACACAAUGCGAUUGUUCGGCAUUCGAAUCACUAGAAAAUAAGACUCAGAUGCAAAUUAAAAUGAAUCGACGGAAUUCGCCAACAAAGACACCAACAAAAAUUGGCAAGGACAAAAAAUCAAUAACUACCGAGAAUAUUGUUGGUUUGACAAAGACAAAAUGUUCGAUAGAAACGUUGGAGAAUUCGAUCUCGCUUAAAUCUGACAUUGACGCGAAUGCACAAGAAUCAUCACAAUCACCGACAACAACAAACCCCGAAAAGUCUAUUACCAAAGGUAACCAUUUGAUGAAGAAAACAUUGGUAGUGGAGAAAUUGAGGAGUACCAAUAGUGUAAUUGCACGCAAAUUGUUUGCCACCAAGCGAGCGGUUACACCAAAUAGUAAUAGCACUGACAAAAAUAAGGAAGCGCAGAUAAUAACGGAUUCAACAGAUUUGGAUGAUGACGACACAAAUACCAAUACAACUGCAACAACUGCUACUGUAACAACAUUGCAUAAAACAGAUAAAGUUAAAGAGGAAAGUCAAAGCAUGAUCACCUCACUGCUGCGUACAACAACGCUUUAAAUUGUUUGUUGAAUAUCAUAUGCUUCAAAUUUCGUCUUUAAUACUUCUGAAAUCUCUUAAAAAUAAUAAUACUGUAUUUAUAUUAAAACAUAGCCCCAAUAAUAUAACCCUGUUUUUAUAUAUGCCCUUUUCAUGUUCAAUAAUUGUUAUGAUGCAUACCCAACAAAACACACAUACAAUAUACAAUACAAAAUACAAAAUACAUGUAGCUUAUGUUAAACAAAUUUUGUGUUAAAACAAAACAUGUAAAAACCAGAACAAAACUAAAACUAAAAAAAGAAUUAUAAGCAAAUGUGCAGCGCUGCUUUUGUGUGUUCUCGUUGAUUUUUCAUAUGUACGAUUCACCAAUCAACUUUGCUGAGAGACGAUUUUAAAGGCAUAUUUGAGCGUAGUAUACGAGAAUGCGUUUCGAAUUAAAAUUGUACAACUCUAAGAAAUCAUUUUCCACAAACAUAAUCAAAAUAUCCCAUCGAAACCCUUUCGCACCAAAGUUGAAAUGAAAUUAUAAAAUAUUUCUACAUUUUUUUUUCCUUCUAUAUUUUCUGUUGUCUAUACGUUUUCACAAACUUUUAUACAAACAUCUGUAAUCGCUAAAAAGUUUAUAGUAAGUUUUAAAUUAAAAAAUGGCAAUCAUUUCUUUACGCAUGUAAAGUUAAUAGCUUUUUAAUAUACAUACAUAUAUAAUUUAAAAAAAAUUACAAUAUUUUAACAUUUCAAUACUUAAUUACAAGCUCAUUACUAUUGUUUGAAAACAUUGGCACAUAAUCAUAAACAGAAUAUAUUGUAGUAUUCAAGCAUUACUAUUAACCAAUAGCGUUGUGCUUAUUUGUAAAAAGUUGACUGUCGACAAAUGAAAAAAACACUGCAAGUAAGAUCGACGACUUCAUUUUAACUUGUGAUCGUGAUCAUAUAUCAUAGUUUUUAUUAUAUUUUUUAUCUACCUGCGAGCGAUCGGAAAAUUGCAAAUAUUUAUUUUAUAUUAUGACAAUUUUUUAUUAACUAAAAUUUUUAUUUUUUAUUUUACUAAAGACAUUUUUUGUUGUUUAAUGCACUUUUAAUUAUUUAAUAAAUCUGUGCUGCAAUCUUUCUAAACUUUAACGAAGUGAAAAUACAUUAGCUAAAGUGCCAACGUACAUAGCUCAUUGGCUAAGAUUUCGUGUCAGUUUGCCUAAAUUUCAGCCUCUUUUAUGCCUUUUAUCAUUUGUUGUCUACAAACAUUUCUACGAUAAAGCAAAUGUUUUAUCGUUGCAUUAAAACCAUUAAUAAAGUAAAACAUGAAUUAGACAAACUACCAUUUACACUUCCACAACAAAAAGCACUUUAAAUUUGAGGAAAAAAAUCAUUAGCCUAUCACUUUAUAAUCUUGUAUUCCAUAUGCAUACGGAAAUACAAUAAAAGAAUAAAUAAUAAAAAAUAAAAAACAGAACAGUUCAAAACUUAUUCUUAGCAUGGAAGUAUUAUGUUGGAAUAUUUUUUUUUGUGUCAACGAGAGUAAGUUGAAGCUAUGCUGCAUAUGGAUACACUUCUCUGAUGAAGACCGGAACUUUGCAAACGGAGAAAAGGUCAGAUAACUACACAAUUUUACAGUCUUAUCUGAAUUUCUUAUGAAAUUUAGUGUGGUAUUGAUGGAAAGUAAAUAUGUAUGAUUGGUUAUGUAUUUUUUUUAAAGGUUCAUCCUAAAUGUAUGCUGCGUUUCUUUAUUGUCAGCAGCAUACUAAGCAGGCAAGUUUGUUGCAAAUCGCGGCCCGGCGUCGAUCCAUCAGUUUAUUGAUAUAAUAUUUUUUUUAAGAAAAAAUUACCAAUUUGAUAAUUUGGUUUAUAUAUGCUAAUGAACGAACGGGUAAAGCAUUCAGAAGAUACAUUGUUGAUUACCGCUGUAAAGUCUGCAGAAGCAUAACUUCAAAUUAUAACAUUACAUGCAAUUAUUGUUACAAAAUGAAAGUAAUUGAAGUACUUCCCAACUCAACAGUUGUAGUAAAUUGUUGGAAUACAAAUGUGCCAAAAGUAUUUUCAGAAAAUUUCGGGUGGGACUGUACCGAUCUGUUCCGCCUCUCCCUCUCUCCAUCACUGGGUACAACUUCAGAAACAUGUUAUAUGCAUGAUGCUUUGAAAGCUAAGACCCCUCAUUGUGCUUUAGCAUUUAAAUCAGCUGUUCAUGCUUACAUAUUUUUAGAGUAUGCAAAAAUAAAUAGUGUUCAGCUUGUACUUUUUGUAGCAAAUGUGUCAUAAAUACAAUCCACAAAUGCGCUAGUUCUACUUUGUUAUACGCAACAUUUAAAUGAGUGUUAGUGGCACAAGCUAUUUCCUGAAUUUUCUCUUCAUCUGGCAACCUUGCAUGGUAUUAUUCAAUCGGUUGGGUUCUUCGGAUAUUCCAAGCACCAGAUUAACACCGGUUAUUCUCGCAGGGCGGUCAUAAGUUAAUAAAAUUUUGUUUUAAGAUUAGGAGUUAAUAGUAAAUAAAGUGGAAAAUGAGUGCUUUGCGUUCACAUUUUGGGAAAUUGUAAAUAUAUAUUUUUAUUACUGCUCAUUUUGUGAAUUGUGUCGACGUGAAUGAAGCUAUGAACGGUGUCGAGUGAAACGUGUGCAUAGCGUGAAAAGAGCGUUUUGAAA